GCUCGUCUGAAUGAAAGAAUUGUUGAGCUCUUUCUUGCGCUCUGUUGAAACUCGUGUAGCUGUCAUUCGGAUGGUCGGUGACGCUCAGCUGGCUCAGGGAAUCCCAAUGGCUGUAAACUCAAAACUAAGAGAACAAUAAAUAGUUUCGCCUUAGUAAGAACAACACAAUAACCUAACAAUACAGUAAAUAGUCGGAUACAAAACAAUGGUCGUGGCGAAGUGCCCCGGUUCUGAACUAACAGCGACUGUGUGACUGUCAAGGCGUUAACGAUGGCUGAGCUGGUUGGGUAGGAAUGGAGCAUCGCUUUGCUGUUAAAGGUGUCGAGGAAAGAGUGGCACAUUCACAAGCUGUUCGGUGUUAAUUGUUGUGGCCACUCGGAUAGGAACGUGGCGUUUGGGAAACUAUCUUGGUUGGUAACGUGUCUUUGACCAGUGGAGUACCUGCUCCUGUGCAACUCUCCAACGUCACGACUCCAACACACACACAGUGGAGCGAGGAAAGCCAGUUGUUGAGACGGAGAGAUACUGGUCGGUCCAUAGAGAAACACGUGUACGAUUCCCUGGAAGCUCCUCGGAAAACGAAUGGAGUCUGCCUUUUAGAAGGGAAAAUCUGAAAUAAGCUAUUUCAACAUUUGAUAACGAUUCCUACUUGUUUGGCGCGCGCUAAACUAGUUCCCACAUUGAAUCUACCUCUACAAGAUGACCGAUAUUUCAGCUCCGAAUGGCAAGGCAUUGUCGACCUGGUGGUGCGAGUCGCAUCAGAUGGCUUAGGAUGCUGUGGAGGACUACAUUGUGAUGGGAAUACAGUGGUUCUGCAGCCUGUGAGACCACCACCCUCUUAGCAAGCGCAUUGUGAAGCCAGAAGUCAGGGGUGUUAGGGGCUGGACUGGACAGGUGGGACAGCCGUUGGUCCCCUACGGCACGACAGAUCCCCCCUCUGCCACCUGCACACCACCACCAUGGACUUCUUCGACGACCCAAACCUCUUCGUGGGCGGCCUGGAGGGCCUAACGGACGACGGCUUCAACGCCGGACCCACCCUGGUGGACGAGCUGAACCUCAGUGCCGAUUUCGAGGCGCCCAUGCAGGUGGACCCCAUGGCGGCCGGCAAGCACAUGGGCAUGAUGCAGGGCCCGCCCGGCACCAGCACCGCUCCUGCCGCCGCACCCAACGCCGCCUACGCCCAGCAGAUGGGCCACUACGACGCCAUGAAGAGCCAGCAGGGCGCCAUGGGCCAGCCCUACCCCGGAGCAGAGGGCGCCGGCGGCGGGUACAUGACCCAGCAACAGGCCCAGUUCCAAGGUACGCCCAUGGGCCAGGUGCCGCCUCAGGCCAAUGGACUCUUCCCCAGUAGCGGAAGCAGCCCCAUGUGGGGCAACCACGACCAAAACAGGAAUGCCUACCAUCUAGCUCAGCAGCAGCAGCAGCAGCAGCAACAACAACAUCCGCAACAACAUCCACAACAACAACAGCAGCAACAUCCACGUCAGCAUCCUCAUGGACACCAUCCACUCAUGAACCAGCAUCAGCCUCCUCUCCCUCACCAGCAGCAGGUUAAUCCGCAGGCCAUGCACCAGCGCCACAACUACCAGGGCCCCCCCUAUUACCAGGGCAACAUGGCCCAGCACCAGCAGCAGCAGCAGCAACAACAACAACAGCAGCAGCAGCAGCAACAGCAGGCCCGACAUGGCGGGCCCAUGAACCCUGGAGGCAGCCCAUACCACUGCGGUGUGGUGCCCAACGCCUCGCCCCAAUCCAAGCCUCAGUACAUGGACGCCUCCAUGCCUCCCCAGCAGCAGCAGCAGCAGCAGGGGGGGUACCCAGUGCCCCAGCAGGUGCCAGCCUACCCUGGCAUGGGUUCGGAGGAGGGCAACAUGCAGGCGGCCUACUCCAUGCAGAUGAACCCCCACAGUAUGGCCUCCUCGGUGGGGGCUGGGGGGGGCUACCCGGCCUCCCAUUACUCCUUCUCUCAGCAGCAGCAGCAACAGCAGCAGGUCGCCAUGAGCGGCAACCAGCCUUUGUCUUCAGGUUCCGUAUCCAUGGCGACGGCCUCCUCUGCCCUCAGAGCGUCGCCUGCGCACGUCAGGCCCGACCUGUCGGCCGGCAACUGCCCGUUCUCGUCGUCCGUGGCUGGGCCUGGGAUUGCCCAGCCUCAUCCACAGAUGCAGCAGCAGCAGCAACAACCUCAUCAACCACACCCACAACAACAACAACAACAACAACGGCUACAGGUGGCUGCCAGCCAGCCAGGGGAGCAGUGCCCUUUCUCCCGGCCCAUGCAGCCACACGCUAAGCCUGGGUACGGAUCUGGGUCUGACGCCUACCCCGACUCGGGUGCCCCCUUUUCGUGCACCGCCGAGGCCCAGUUCCCCCCUCCUCCUCCCCCUCCCAGACAACAGCAGCAGAGAAGCUGCCAGAUGAAUAUGCCUCCACCCUCCUCCACAAGUACCCCUGGUAACCACACCACCAGCAGCAGUAGUACUAAUGGGGGAUACCAGGGCCUGCACGAGUCCCAGGGAGGAGGUGGUGGUGCUGGGGGCUUCGAGGGCCUAGAGGCUCCGGAGCUCCUGGACGAGGACUUCCUCCCUGAGCUGGAGGCUGCCCUGAGCCAGCAGGAGGACUCCGAAUGCUCCUGGACCAACGGCAGCCAGGAGGGAGAGGAGCACGGGGUCCUCAAGGAGGAGCAGGAGGAGCAGGGAGACGAUGACGAAGAGGACGAGGAGGAGGAAGAGGAGGAGGAGGCGCUUUCAGGCCACUACGACAUGCAGCCUCCCAAGAACACUAAUGGUCCCAGCUGUCAGGUGCGGGUCCUCAGCCCCCAGCAGGUGAAGAGCGGCUCAUCCUCCUCCUCAUCCUCCUCUUCGUCGUCCUCCUACUCCUCGGCCUCGGAGCGCCGUGGCCCUAAACGGCAGAAGCAGAAGCAGCAGGAGCCGACUUCCCCAAGUCUUCAGCAGAUGGAGGACGACAAGCAGGAGAAGGCCAACCGCAUCAUCUCUGAGGCCAUCGCCAAGGCCCGCGAGCGCGGAGAGAAGAAUAUCCCGCGCGUUAUGAGCCCCGAUAGCUUCGACGCCGGCUCCUCGGAACACAAGGAGCACAAGGAGCACAAGGCCCACCGCGGCGGGGCCUCGUCCGCGUCCGCCGCCUCCGCUUCCUCCGCCAAGGGCCGCGCCAAGGAUAAGGCUAAGGAGAAGGGCACCAAGGAGAAGGCGGCAAAGAAGGCCCGCAUCGUCUCCUCCGGCAAGCCCAACAAGCAGAAGGCCAAGAUCGGGAAGAUCGUGAUUAAGUUCGGCAAGAAGAAGAAGCGGAAGAUGGAGUCGUCAGAGGAGGAGAUGUCAGACGACGAGCCGCCCCCUCCGCGGCGCUCCAAAGACGACGACUCGAAGCGACGGUCCAACCGGCAGGUGAAGCGCAAGAAGUAUGUGGACGACGGAGAGGCGCGCGUGUCAGACGAUGACAUCAAGGUGUCAAAGUCCAAGAAGGCCAACACAGCUGCCCGCAAGGACCCCGCCGCUCAGCUGUUCGUGGAGAACCCGAGUGAGGAGGAGGGUGCUGUUGUGGACAAAAUCAUGUCCUCACGCAUGGCCAAGAAGGAGGUCUCUCCCGGCGUGCUGGUGGAAGUGGAAGAGUUCUACGUCAAGUACAAGAACUAUUCUUAUCUGCAUUGUGAGUGGGCCACGGAGCAGCAGCUGGAGAAGGAUAAGAGGAUCCAGCUGAAAAUCAAGCGCUUCAAGAUAAAGCAGGCGCAGCGGGCACACUUCUUUGCAGACAUGGAGGAGGAUGCCUUCAACCCCGACUAUGUGGAGGUGGACCGGGUACUAGAGGUGUCCUAUUGUGAAGACAAGGACACUGGAGAGCCGGUGGUGUACUACCUGGUGAAGUGGUGUUCUCUACCGUAUGAGGACAGCACGUGGGAGCUGAAGGAGGACGUGGAUCAGGCCAAGAUACAGGAGUUUGAGCAGCUGCAGGCAGCCAAGCCAGACUCACGCAGGAUGGAGCGGCCUCCAGCUAGCCUGUGGAAGAAGCGGGAGCACUCGAGGGAGUACCGCAACAGCAACAGCCUCAGGGACUACCAGCUGGAGGGGGUCAACUGGCUGCUCUUCAACUGGUACAACAGGCGUAACUGCAUCCUGGCCGACGAAAUGGGCCUGGGCAAGACCAUCCAGUCCAUCACAUUCCUGGAGGAGAUCCAGCGCGUGGGCAUCCGCGGCCCCUUCCUCAUCAUCGCGCCACUCUCCACCAUCGCCAACUGGGAGCGCGAGUUCCGCACGUGGACCCACCUCAACGUGAUCGUGUACCACGGCAGCGUGGUCAGUCGCCAGAUGCUGCAGCAGUACGAGAUGUACCACAGGGACACUCAGGGCCGACCGAUCCGUGGGGCGUACAAGUUCCAGGCGGUCAUCACCACCUUCGAGAUGAUCCUGGGCGGCUGCCCGGAGCUCAACGCCAUCGAGUGGCGCUGCUGCAUCAUCGACGAGGCUCACCGCCUCAAGAACAAGAACUGCAAGCUGCUGGAGGGCUUCAAGCUCAUGAACCUGGAGCACAAGGUGCUGUUGACGGGCACGCCUCUGCAGAACACGGUGGAGGAGCUGUUCAGCCUGCUGCACUUCCUGGAGCCCCAGCGCUUCCCCUCGGAGACCACCUUCAUGCAGGAGUUUGGAGACCUCAAGACUGAGGAGCAGGUCCAGAAGCUGCAGGGCAUCCUGAAGCCCAUGAUGCUGAGGCGCCUGAAGGAGGACGUGGAGAAGAAGCUGGCCCCGAAAGAGGAGACCAUCAUCGAGGUGGAGCUCACCAACAUCCAGAAGAAGUACUACCGCGCCAUCCUGGAAAGGAACUUCUCCUUCCUCUCCAAGGGCGGCAGCCAGUCCAACCUGCCCAACCUCGUCAACACCAUGAUGGAGCUCCGAAAGUGCUGCAACCACCCCUACCUCAUUAAAGGGGCAGAGGAGAAGAUUCUGGAAGACUUCCGCGAGGUCUACAACCCGGCCUCGAUGGACUUCCACCUGCAGGCCAUGGUCCAGUCGGCCGGCAAGCUGGUCCUGAUCGACAAGCUGCUGCCCAAGAUGAAGGCGGGAGGCCACAAGGUGCUCAUCUUCUCCCAGAUGGUGCGCUGCCUCGACAUCCUGGAGGACUACCUCAUCCAGAGAAGAUACCUCUAUGAGCGGAUCGACGGGAGGGUCCGGGGCAACCUGCGGCAGGCGGCCAUCGAUCGCUUCAGCAAGCCGGACUCGGACCGCUUCGUGUUCCUGCUGUGCACGCGCGCCGGAGGCCUGGGCAUCAACCUAACGGCCGCAGACACCUGCAUCAUCUUCGACUCCGACUGGAACCCGCAGAAUGACCUGCAGGCCCAAGCCCGUUGCCACAGGAUUGGUCAGAACAAGGCGGUGAAGGUGUACCGCUUGAUCACGCGCAACUCCUACGAGAGGGAGAUGUUCGACAGGGCCAGCCUCAAGCUGGGAUUGGACAAGGCCGUUCUGCAGAGCAUGAGUGGCCGUGAGAACAGCCUAGGGGGCGCCGGUGGAGGGCAGGUGCAGCAGCAGCUGUCCAAGAAGGAGAUUGAGGACCUGCUGCGCCGCGGGGCCUACGGGGCCAUCAUGGAUGAGUCGGACGAGGGCGCCAAAUUCUGCGAGGAGGACAUCGACCAGAUCCUCCAGCGGAGGACCAAGACCAUCACCAUCGAGUCCGAGGGACGAGGAUCCACCUUCGCCAAGGCUAGCUUUGUAGCAUCAGGGAACCGCACAGACAUCUCUCUGGAUGAUCCAAACUUCUGGGCCAAGUGGGCACAGAGGGCAGAGAUUGACCUGGACACGGUCAAUGGCAGAAACAGCCUGGUGAUCGACACGCCGCGCGUGCGUAAGCAGACGCGUCCCUUCAGCGCCACCAAGGACGAGCUGGCUGAGCUGUCGGACGGCGAGAGCGAGGGAGAGGACAAGCCCAAACUGCGCCGGACGCACGACCGCCUCAACAACUACGGACGUACAGAGUGCUUCCGCGUUGAGAAGAACCUCCUGGUCUAUGGCUGGGGCCGCUGGAAGGACAUCCUGCUGCACGGGCGCUUCAAGCGUCCGCUGACGGAGCGCGACGUGGAGAUGAUCUGCCGCGCGCUGCUGGCCUACUGCCUAGUCCAUUACCGUGGCGACGACAAGAUCAAGAGCUUCAUGUGGGACCUCAUCGCACCCACCGAGGACGGCCAGACCAAAGAGCUGAAGAACCACCUGGGCCUGUCCACUCCAGUGCCGCGGGGCAGGAAGGGGAAGAAGAUGAAGACCCAGUCGACGGGCUUCGACAUCCAGAAGGCCGAGUGGAUCCGCAAGCACAACCCCGAGCACAUGCUGCAGGACGACGGCUACAAGAAGCACCUCAAGCACCACUGCAACAAAGUGCUGCUGCGGGUUAGAAUGCUCUACUACCUGAAACAGGAGGUGAUCGGCUCACAGACACAGAAAGUGCUGGACAACGUUGAAGCCAGUGAGAUCCAGAUCCGGGUUCCCGAUCCGGAUAACGCAGAGUCCCCGGCUCUGUGGUGGGACCCAGACGCAGACAAGUGUCUGCUGCUCGGAGUCUUCAAGCACGGUUAUGAGAAGUACAACACUAUCCGUGCGGACCCAAAGCUGUGCUUCCUAGAGCGGGUGGGCCGCCCCGACGAGAAGGCCAUCGCCGCCGAGCAGAGAGCCAACGACUUCAUGGACGGGGAUGUGGAUGACCCUGAGUACAAACCUGCCCCGGCCUUGAUGAAGGACGAUAUGGAGGAUGAUGCCUCUUCGCCUGGAGAAUUGGUCAUCACAGACACUGGAGGAGAGGGCAACUCGGUGGCGGAGGCGGGUAGCACGGGUGCAUACUGGCCCUCGUCCUCGGCCCUGACAGCCCGCCUCAGACGCCUCAUCACGGCAUCGCAGCGUUUCACCAAGAGCCGCCAGAUCCUCCACAUCCACCAGAGCCAGCAGUCCCUCACGCCAACGCCGCUCUUCCCGCUUACCCCCGCCUUCCACCCGGACACCCCCUUCAACCCCAAGAUGGCCGCCAAGAUUGAGAGGCAACAGAGGUGGACGAGGAGAGAGGAGGCAGAUUUCUACCGCGUGGUGUCCACUUUCGGCGUGGUGUUCGAUCCGGACCUCGGCCGUUUCGACUGGACCAAGUUCCGGGCCAUGGCUCGGCUGCACAAGAAGACGGACGAGAGUCUGCAGAAGUACCUGUGCGCCUUCACCACCAUGUGCCGCAGAGUCUGCCGGCUACCGCCCAAAGAAUCCGAUGCGGUGGACCCGUCCCUGUCCAUCCAGCCCAUCACGGAGGAGCGCGCCUCUCGCACCCUGUACCGCGUGGAGCUGCUCCGCCAGGUGAGGGAGCAGGUGCUGCGCCACCCCCAGCUGUACGAGCGCCUGGCACUGUGCCAGUCGGGCCAGGACCUGCCCGUGUGGUGGGAGGCGGGCCUGCACGACCGCGACCUGCUCCUGGGCGCCGCCAAGCAUGGCGUCAGCCGCACCGACUACCACAUCCUGCGCGAUCCCGAGCUCAGCUUCAUGGCCGCGCAGCGCAACUACAGCCAGAACAAGGGCCUGCCGCUGCCUCAGCACCCCGGCCACCAGGGGGCGACCCCCUCGGCCGCGCACUCGCACGCCCUGGCGCAGGUGCAGUCGCGCACCCCGACGCCGCAGCUGCCCACGCACCUCCAACAGGCAGCCGCUGCCACACCGCCUGCGUCCGCCUCUGCCACCACCGGAGCUGCUGCUGCUACUGCUGCUGCAGCCACCAUUUCCUCUGUUGCAACAUCGCCUGCUCCCGCAGUGGCUCUGGUGAAGAAAGAAGAGGAGGACACAGCUAUGGUGAAGGAGGAGCCGGCGGAGAUGGCUAGUAUCGGGGGUGAGGAGGCUAAGCCGGAGGUCAAGCCCACCGCAACUGCUGUUGCUGUUGCUGCUGCUGCAGGAGAGGUUGGCACCGCCCUUGCCCCUACCACUGCACCCGCCACUCCCAAGAAAGAGCAGCCGGAGGACGGUGAGGUCAAGCCCGUGGUGGGUAAAGACGGCGAGGCGGCCCGCACCAAGCCACUGACCCCCAACCCCCCUGCCGCUGCCGGACGCAAGCAGAAGAAGUCCAAGAAGAGCCGGUCGGAGCGCAGCAAGAACAAGCCGCCGCGGCAGCCAUCUGGAUCCGACUCUGACUCGGACGGAGGAUCGUCAUCGAGCUCCUCGUCUCGUUCGUCCUCCUCUUCCUCCUCCUCUUCCUCCUCUUCCUCCCGUUCGGGCUCAGGCUCCAGUUCCUCAUCCUCUUCCUCUUGCUCCUCAGGAUCAUCAUCUUCCUCAUCUUCAUCCUCAUCUUCCUCAGACAGCGGCAGUGAUGCUGAGGACGGACAGAAAAAUGCGUCGGCCGUGGCCAUUGUGAAGGGCUUUGACGAGGACAGUGUGGCGUCACACAGCACCACUCAGGACGAGACGCUGGAGAGCAACGUAAUAGAGAACGGCCUGGCACACCCCCCCAACCCCUUCCAGGGAGGAGGCUACAUGCUCGCUGCCUCCUACUGGCCAAAGGAUCGCGUGAUGAUCAACCGCCUGGACAGCAUCUGCCAGCUGGUGCUGAAGGGCAAGUGGCCCGGUACGCGGCGCUCCUACGAGCCGGGCUCCGCCGUGGCCUCCUUCUACACCACCAAGCUCAUGGACAACCACCAGGUGGCGACGGCGGGCGCCCACGCUGCAUCUGCAGCAGCCACCACCAGCAGCAGCAGCAGCAGCCUCCUGGCCUCCGAGGACGCCGCUGCCGCCUCCCCACAAGGGUCAAAGGUGACCAAGCAUGUUCCAGACAAGGAGUUCUCAGUCAAAGUCAAUAACCAGGAGGGAGGCCUGAAGCUGACCUUCCAGAAGUCCGGGGGCCUGCCUCUGAAGAGGCCCCUGGAGGGGGCAGAGGAGGGCCCCCUGGCCCAGCAGCAGUACCUGGCCCGCCUGCAGGAGCUCCAGAGCGCCUCCGAUACCAGCCUCACAGAUUUCACCAAGACCUCCAGCGCUGCCGCUGCCUACCAGCACGCUCUGGCAGGGCAGAUGAGGCUUAACGGCGUGCUGGACGGCCCCCCGGUGGUGAAGCGUCGCCGUGGCCGCAGGAAGAACGUGGAGGGCAUGGACCUGCUCUUCCUCAACCGGGCCGGACGCCCGCCAGCGGCGCCUGAACAACGGGUCCCCCCAGGCUGGGUGGGUGCUGCCCAUGUCGCUGCUGCUUCUGCCGCUGCUUCCCCGGCUGCGACCCCCGGUCAGCAGGCCUACAACCCCCUGGCCCACAGCCCCCAGGAUGCCGAGAGCCGCGUGUCCGUCAUCAACCUGAAGGACGGCACGCGGCUGGCGGGCGAGGACGCCCCCAAGAGGAAGGACCUGGAGCUGUGGCUCAAGCAGCACCCGGGCUUUGUGGCAGACGUAGGGGCCUACAUCCCUGGGGCGAAUAAGACGCUGUUCCAGAGUCCGGCAGCAGAGGGCCGGCCCAAACAGAAGAGGCAUCGCUGCCGAAACCCCAACAAGAUCGAUGUCAACAGUCUGACGGGAGAGGAGAGAGUGCAGAUCAUCAACCGGAGAAAUGCACGCAAGAUUGGCGGUGCCUUUGCCCCUCCGCUGAAGGAUCUGUGCCGGUUCCUGCAGGAGAACCCAGAGUACGGGGUUCCGCCCGAGUGGGCGGACGUGGUCAAGCAGUCGGGCUACCUGCCAGAGAGCAUGUUCGACCGCAUCCUGACUGGCCCCAUCGUCCCGGAGGAGGUAAGCCGCAGGGGACGGCGGCCCAAGAACGCGCUGGCCAAGGCGGCGGCGGCAGCGUCCGCAGCCAACGCAGCAGCAGGGACCAGCGCGGCAGCAGCAGCAGCGGCCAUGGGCCUCAACCCCUUGCUGGCCAACGGGCUCCUGUCGGGCCUGGACCUGCCUAGCCUGCAGCUGCUCCAGCAGCACCUCACACAGAACCUGCAGAGCCUGCAGUCGCUACAGCUCACCGCCGGCCUCAUGGGCCUGCCCACCGACCCCGCCAACAUGGCCGCCAUGUUUCCCAUGAUGCUCUCGGGCAUGGCGGGGCUGCCCAACCUGCUGGGCAUGAGCGGGCUGUUGGGCAAGAUGCCCGACAGCGCUGGCAUGGCGGCUGCUGCAGCGGCGGCGGCAGCCAUGGCGUCUGUGGGAACGGAAGAGACGACGACGACGCCACGCAAGAGCAGCAAGAGCAAGAACUCUGCAGCAGGGGAAGCAGCCUCGUCGGCGUUGUCGUCGUCGGCAGACGUCAAAACAGAAAGGACAGAGGCUGCAGUCUCGGAGAGCUCGAACUCCAACGCCACCGCCACCAGCUCCUCUACCACCUCCACUGCCCCCGGCACCUCUUCCGCCUCCAGCCCUCUGAGCGCCGCCGCCGCCGCUGCUGCCGCUGCCAGCCACCCGCUGGCCCUCAACCCGCUGCUGCUGUCCAGCAUGCUGUACCCAGGGAUGCUCCUCGCCCCAGGCCUUAACCUCCCCUCCAUCACGCCCACCAGCCAGAGCUCGGCAAACACUGACCCCACUACUGCUGCCACCUCCACCACCACCACCUCCACCUCCAAAACCAGCCCUGCUGCCGCAGCCUCUGCCUCCACGCCACCACCCUCCUCCUCCUCCUCCUCCAACGCAAAGCCUACGCCGUUGCCCGUUCCUCCCAGCUCCCGGUCGGAAGACGGGGCCGAGGAGGAGGCGGAGGAGGAGGAGGAGGCCGGGGAGCAGAAGGAGAACAGUGCGGAGGGCUCGGGGAAGGCGGACUCUUCCUCCUCAUCCUCCGGGAGCUCGUCCUCCUCAUCUGAGGAUUCUGACUCCAGCGACGAGGACUGAGCCUUUAUAAAUAUAUAUACAUACACAUAUAUAUUUAUAUAUCCCUUAGAAAUGUACACACAUAUAUACACACCUAUAUUAUGAGUUACCCUGCACUUACAUUGUGAGUUUUUUUUCCCCCUCCUUCCCCUCCUUUUUUGUAAAUAUCAUCAAAUCGAGAGAAAGUGUUGUGUAAUAAAAAAAGACAGAAAGCCUGAGAGAACCAAGAUUCGGUGAAAAAAAAAACUGAAAUUCAAUUUCAGCGUUUGUUUAGGUACAAUCUUGUUUUGAAAAGACAUUUUGCAUGUCGAACCUUAGUAGAUUUAUGGACUUUGUGAACUUGUAUUACACAAUGAUGUACAAUUGCAACGAGCAAGAAAAAAAAAUCAACAAAAAGGCAUUAUUGUUCUAAUUCUGUUGGGAUUUAAUUUUAUUAAAAAAAAGAGGAAAUGCAUAAUUGCUCACACCGAGCUGUACUAUUAAUAUAUUUUGUGUGUGUGGGGAAUGGUGGACUUGAGGAACUAUUUUUUUGGUUUCAUUUGUAAAUACUUUUCCAGGAUCCUUGACACUUCUACUGCGCAGAACAUACUUUGGAAACAAAAAAACGUCAGCAAUAACUCGGGCAGCUAAUGAAUGUCACUGAAGCUGUAGACUCUCCUUCAGCCCACAUCCCCCCUCUCACCCACCACACAUCCGCCACACUCAAUUCAUUCCCUCUCUUCUCUCUUUCUAUCGCCCUCUGUCUUAGCUUAUAUGCCUUUCUCACCUACACUUUCUAUCCCUCUCACGCUCUCUCUCUAAAGCCAACAGUCAUUCGUCAGAUGUUUCUGCUCACCUCCCCCGCCCCCUUUUCUCUCAUACUGUUGAAAACAACAGAAGGGGGAAGAGGGAAAAAAAACGGAAACAUCUUCCUCUCUUUUCAUUGACAAAAAUAUCAAGUAGCCUUGGGAGCUUGCCUUGCUCUAUACAUUGAUCACAAGUCUCUUGCAUCCUCCCACCCGAACUAAACCGCCCACACACUUGCCACUGACUCCACUUCACUUAUGUCUUCAUAAACUUGAUCGAGCACAGAGACGUUGAUGUCUCUCACUCUCUCUCCCUCUCCCUCUCUCUCUCCUCUCUCUCUCUCCUCUCCCCAACAUCUCCUAUCAGGUCUAUCAAGUCUGCCUUUUAUUUUAGUUGCACAACUCUAACACUGUUCCUUGCCCUUCGUGGGAGGAGUUGGGACGUAUGGUUUUGUGGCCACUUCCAAGUGGCCAAGGGCAGCAAAAGGAGGCUGAAGGUCAAAUCCAGGGGACAUAAUAAUGUAGAUUUAGAUUUCAGGGCACUCGACAAGUUCCUCAACCCCCGUUCAGGAUCCAUUCCCCGCCCCACUCCCCUUCCCCUUUCAAUGCCUCAACCCUUCAACCUGUGACAGACCUCAGUCUGCCCAUGGAGUUUCAUUUUCACAUGAGUGCUUGACGUGUGUACAUGCGAACGUGUCGUCGUCUGUGGCUGCCUGGUUGGAUAUAAAGUACUACAUGUCUUCUGUUCCUUCACAAGGUGACCUUGUGAGCUUCCAUCCUGUCUUGUCCAGCUCAAUGAGGACACAGAGGGCCUGUGGUGUUUCACAGUCCUCAAUUCUUCCACAAGUAGAAACGGCAUCUCUUGUCUUGGUGAUUUUUUAUUAUUUUUAUUUUUAGUUAAGUGUGCAUUCGGAAAAAGUGGAAAAAAAACGUGCCAGGUGUUUUCUCAAUGCCUGCUCACAUAACACGGGUUUUAUUUUUUUAGUUGAUAUCAUUUUGUUUAGUAGAUCUAACUGUCUGAUGAAUGCGUGUGCUUGUUCGGAAGAUGGUUGAAUGAAAUACGUGGCAGGGUUUUUACUUUCUGAAGUUGACACACUUCUGGUUGUGAGAGCGUAAAAUGUAAUGUGUCGUAUCUAUGAACUUGAAGCUCUGGCCUUCGUUAUGUAUAGGGAUCUGAGGCACUCUAAGCUAAAGUCGUUUGACCUUGAAAGCAUGCUUGAGUACCUUCAGUCUGAUGUUCUAUUAGGUUGGCUGCAUUCAGUAUGCAGUUGUCAAUACAGUUUCCUCUUAGCAUAGAAACAAUGUUGCCUAGUUUUAUUCUUUUUUUACAUUUAUUGAGAGGGUGUUGUGAUUGACAUUAACUUUUGCUUGUGUUUGUUAGCCUGCUGCAAACUGUAAUGUGGAAGUAACAGAUCCUUUAAAAGGUCGAACCUGUCCUGGACACCACACCAAUAGCGUCAGUAUUGACUGCAUUACAUUAAACAAAGCCAGUUCCUUGAGUCAGGUUGAAGUGAGGUUGUGUUAAGUGACACGGUGUUGGUCAAAGCAGCAACAGACUUAUUUAUAGCUCGGUUUUCAACCAGACUUUGCUUUGUUGAGCAUAAUGAUUAACAUGGAAACUGUCUUUUGUGGUGGUGGUGGUGGUGGUGAUGGUCUGGAAGAUGGACACUGUUGUUAUUUGGCCUGGUGUGUAGCUCGCUUGUGUUCGUCUUCCCCGCUCGUCUCCCCCUGAAACAAUGCAUGUCGUCGCCACCCGGUCCUCUUCUGACAACCGCAGCAAGAUGGAUAUAGAAGUGCCCUUAUGUCAUACCUCAGAGUUGAAGGGGAGUAUACAUCAUUGCUGAACACUGAAACAAAAGAAUGACAUGAAAUGGGGAGGGGGAAAUUAAUGAACUGCUCUCGUUUCUGUACUCUGGCCUCAUUUUUUUGUAAUGUCAUCUGUCACGUGACCUUUGUGGGGACAUGCAUACAUACACACUGGAAAAUGCUACUUGGCCUUUGUUGAGGACAUCUGUAGUAUAACUAAACUAUAUCACUGUUCAGAAACCGCACACACACUUUGUUGAGCUUUGGACUGUUAGGGUUGCACAGCGAAACAUGGUACAUGUGCUCUGGGAAGAGCACUGUAAAUUUCCUGAGAAGGGUGGCACCACAAAAAAGGUUCAAAUUUUUAUUUUUUAUUUUAUUUUAUUUUUUGCUGUCGUCAAGGCAGCCUCUCCCCCUCUCCCUCGCCUCUUUCUCGUAAACAAAUCUAGUUUGUUUACAUGGUACCUUUUUAUAAGUCUGUCAACCAUUGACAGAAGGCAACCACUAAAGAAGUAUAUGACGUCUAUGAUCUUUCUAAGGGGUGGGCAUCAGGAUCCUACAGUAGAAUUAUGUACAGACUUGUAGGCUUAUGUAUGUAAUGACUCUAAGAGUAAAGCGGGGGAACGUUGGGGUGUGAAUGAAAAAAGGAGUGGCCUGUACCCCCAGUGCAUAUACAGUACAGGUACAAAGCAUUGGCUUUGCGACUCUCCUACACCGACAAAACCCCCACAAUACCUGUUGAGACCCGACCCGGCCCAGCACGCAGGCUUUGACAUUCGUAAAUCCAAGAAGCAGCCACCAUGUCUGAUUGUUGUUUAUUUUUUGUUUGUUAAUUUGUUUGGUUUGCCAUUUGUAGCUAGUGUCCAGUCAUUGCUGCUUCCUCUAUAUGUGCUACCUUCAGAAUGGUGUUUUUGUUUUUUCGUUUGGUUCUGUCAGGUUUUCCCUCUGAGCCCCCACUUUGGGAGAACCAGCGAGGUGUUCAGAUCUUUGAGGAAAUAAGAGACUACUUGUCACAGUACAUAAUGGACACAAGUGAUGAGUGCGACUGAAGGUUGAAAAUACUUUUUAUGUUGUUUUUUAUUAUUAUUAUUAUUUUAUUAAUAUGAUAUUUCAGGUAGUAUGUAAUGUUAAUGUCUUUCAAUGACUCACACAUUGCAAAGUGCUGAACUGGUAAGAUGCAGACAUUUUGUCAUGUCCUGCAAAUUUUGACAGGGAACUUACGACCAACACACAGACAUAAGGCGAGAAACUACACUACAUACUGAAAGUUAAUUCACUUUUCAUUUAUACUGAUUAGACAGCAGGAUGACCUAGACUAUUGCCUUUUUUAUUUUCAUUUCAUUUGAUUUCUUUUUUUCGCUUUAUGCUUACAGAUAUCCUUUAAAGUCAUUUUUUUUCCAAGUCUUCUUUUGCCUGUUUAUGUUCUUGGACAGUUGCAAUAUUUGCAAAUUGUGGUCUAUGUAGUCAAAAUAAUGCUUUAUGUAGUGGAAGAAAAAAACGUCUUAAGAAGUCAUUUGUAAUUUAUUGAAUUACUUUCUAUGAAGUUCUAUAGAGGAAAUUGAGGUUUAAUUAUUUUUAUUAAACAUACUCUGACUAUCCAUGAC